UUAAACCUAAACGUAGUUACUACCUGGUCGCUCGUGGUGCGGUCUCUCAUUUUGUGGCGAUUCCUCCGGAGGCCUUUUCCUUGGCUUAGGUUCUCGAAUCGAAUUCUUUCUAGGGGAGCAUUCGAUCUGUGCUUUCCCGGGGGGCUGAAGCUGUUGUUCUAUCUGUCCCGGGUUCCUCUUCGUAAUCGUUCAAUUGCUUUGCGUUGCGUUAAAAGAUGGGCUUGUUUCUUGUUGUCUCAGAAACCUCUUACAGGUUCUCGUGGAGCAGGAGGUAUGAACGGUGAAUUGUUGUGGCGGUUCAUGGAUGUUCGGACAAGGCUCAUUACACCAAUUUGUCCUGACUAUGCGGAGAUGUUUGGAAGAAUAUUUUGAAGAAGGAUGGCUGUGUAGUUACUGCUGGUUGGCCCCUGUAUGAUGCCUCUGAUCCUACACUCAAGAUUGCUAACAAGUACUUGCAGGACUUAGUGUUAAUGAGGAAGUUGCUUCGGAAGCAAGUGUCUGGUCCUAAGAAGGCUAAAAAAGGGGCUACAAUUCCUGCAACAGAAGAAAGCAAACUAACAGUAGGUCUUAUAUAUGUGAAUGAGCAAUUUUAUGGGUGGAAAGAAGAAUGCUUGAGGAUACUUCAAAGCAAAUUUGACAGAGAGAGAUGCUCUUUUGCACCUGAUCAGUAGAUACUUGAAGCAUUAAAGCAGGGUGUCAUUGGGCAGGAUUCGAACUUUAAGCAAAUCCAGAAGCUUUGUAUGCCAUUCCUGAAAUUCAAGAAGGAUGAAGCAUUGUCUGUUGGUCCACAGGCUCUGGAUUUGAAGCUCCCUUUUGGUGAAAUUCAGGUUCUUCAGAAGAAUUCUGACUUGAUAAAGUGGCAAUUGGGUCUUGAACAUGUUGAAGUCUCUCUGCAUCAGAUGAAGUUGCAAGAAGUAAAGGUGGUUCAUGUAUCUCAUUGCUAACUCAGAAUCCCCCUUCACCUGGCAGUCCUGUUGCCAUCUUUUUGAGCAAGUUAGAUUAUACCACAGUUACUACUGCAGAAUUGGAGCCUAAAGAAGCACUUUGGAAACUUUUUGCUGGGAAAGACUGCUGCAGGUGUGUGCAGUAGCAACUUUAAUAAACUGGGUAGCUUACAGAAUCUUGGGUUUUUUAUUUUGAAAAUCUCUUCCCAUGGGUAAUAUUUGAUACAUAAAGGUGUUCAAUGAUAGUGAUCUGUUGCUACAUAAUCAUGGCAUCAUUGUUUGAGUUGGUAUGCCAAAAAAGAAUGGAAAAGAGUCAUUCUGAUGAUGCAUAUGUAUUCACAUGUGGAUCUAAAUAUACCCUGCCGAUAUCUGAUACUUUCACUUGUCACCGGUGUGUAUAGAUCAAUUUUUUUGCUCAUGUCUUUAAGUCUACCAAAGUGAAUUUUCACAGUUUUCGACUGGAUGGCUUCUCAGGAAUACCUGUGUAGAGUUUUGCGCCCUCCAUGUGCUCUGCGGCAUCGACCUAUAUUUGUUUUACCUGUCUCAGUGAUUCUCCAUUUUCUCUGGAUCUCUUUCUUAAUUCACUACUUGAAUUCCAAGCAGAAGCGAUAUCAAUUGGGAGCUGACCACCAUGCAUGCUAACCGAGAGCAGCCAAACAGAUGUCACGAGGACGAGAAACAUACAAGGUCGAUCUUGACCGUCCAGUUAGAUCCGACGAUCCAGGUUGAUAAACGGACUACUCUUUGCAAGAGAGAGUUGCGUCCGACCCGAUAGCUCAUCGGAUCGGGUUUAAUUAGUUUAUUUGUUGGGUUCCGUGGCUACCCGAUAAGGCCAUUUCCGAAUCAAAACAAUUAGAUGCGUUUCAAAUGAAUCAAACCACCACUUCCGCCGCACCACACCGUGAUGCGUCGAGACGUUGAUGCGCUCCUCUCCUCCCAGUAUUUCAUCGAACACCUUCGACCACAUCGACAGGUGCAUCCCCAUACGAUGGUGGAGUGCUCUCCCCUCUCCCUUUACCAACUACCAAGCGCCGGCGCUACCGGCGAAGGCCCUCCCUUCGGCUGCUCGCAGCUCUCAACUGCGCUCCAUUGUGGCCUUCAUCCAGUUCGCCUCCGCCGUCGGCCACCUGUCCGAGGCCUUCGCUGCCUUCUCCGACCUCCGCCUCCGCUCCCCGGACGUGGCCCUUCUUCUGCGCCCUCUGUCGUCCCUCCUCUCGUGCUGCACCUCCCGCAGCGCCAUUCCAGAGGGCCGGCAGCUCCACGCGCUCGUCCUCGCCCUCGGCUUCCAGGACCACGCCUUCCUGCUUCCCAAGCUCACCUCCUUCUACGCCGCAGGCGGUCUCCUCUCCGACGCCACCUCUUUAGCCGAAAGUUCGAGCAAUAACCGUUCUUUGGCUUGGAACUUCCUCGUAUCUGCGCAUGCCCGCUGCCGGCGUUGGAAAGGUGCGAUUUUUUCCUACAAGCAAUUGGUUGAGAGGGGCGUCAGGGUGGGCAAGCAUGCCUACUCGUCCGUUCUCCGCGCUUGCGGCGAGAUGGGUGACCUGGGCUUAGGAAGGGAGAUUCAUGUUUGCAUGGAUGCCGCUGGGAUAGAAUUGGAUUUGUGCGCUUGGAACUCUUUAGUGGCCAUGUAUGUGAAGUGCGGUGCACUGGACGCCGCGAGGAGCCUGUUUGAUGGAAUGCCUGAGAGAGAUGUUAUUACUUGGAACUCGAUGAUCUCGGCAUAUGCUUCGGUAGGAAGGUGGGAGGAGGCGUUUGAGUUGCUACAGUCGAUGCUUGAGGGCCCAGGAGUGAACACCGUAACUUGGAAUGCUAUUGUUUCAGGGAAUUUGCAGUUGGGUAACCAUUGGGAAGUGCUAAGGUUGAUCUCCCGGAUGAGAAUCAGUGGUUCAGCUGUGGAUCAUGUGACAUUGGUCAUUGGACUAAAGGCAUGUUCUAAAGUUGAGUCUGUGAGGAUUGGAAAGGAGAUUCAUGGAGUGGCAAUUCGAAUUCACUGCGACGGGAUUGAAAAUAUUGUGAAUACUUUGAUCACAAUGUACUCCAGGUGCAAGCACACAAGCUAUGCAUACAUUCUGUUUAGAAUUAAUGCCAUGCAGAGUCUGAUUGCUUGGAAUGCCAUGAUUUCAGGAGCUUUACAUGCAGAAAAACCAGAGGAAGCCUAUUUUCUUUUCCAUAAGAUGAUCGGCUCUGGCAUGCAACCCAACUUUGUUACAGUUAUAACCAUGCUUUCCUUGUGCACUCGUGUUAUGAACUUCGAGCAUGGACGAGAACUACAUUGUUAUAUAACCAAGCAGGGAUUUGAAGACCACCUGGCCCUUGGCAACUCUCUCAUUGGUUACGGAAUGCAGGGGGAAGGAAUCACUUCGUUGAAGCUAUUCCAGCAGAUGAUUAGCAGUGAGAUUGAACCAGACCAUGUAACAAUGGUAGCCAUACUCUCAGCCUGUAGCCACUCGGGACUUGUGACUGAAGGACAGUUGUUGUUCAACCACAUGAUCAGUGUAUAUGGCAUUGCACCUCGAUUGGAACAUUUCUCUUGCAUAGUCGAUUUAUACUGUCGGGCAGGUCUCCUCAAGAAGGCAGAAGAGUUAAUCAAUCAAAUGCCUUUUGAGCCAAGCAUUGCAAUGUUAGCUACCCUUGUUGGUGCUUCUCAGGUUCGUGGGAACAAAGAGAUUGGCCAACGAGCUGUUAAGAAGCUUUUGGAGAUGAAGUGGGGCAAUCCCAGCCACUACAGUUAGUAGUAGUCAUGUUUGCUUCAGCUGCAUGUUGGCUGGAGCUUGGCAACACUAUGGAAAUCGGCAAGGCUCCCAAUUGUUUAUGGUCAUGGCAGUGAAACUAUUGAAUCACUGUCCACAUCAUACUCCUAUAUUGCUUUUUGGAUUACUUGAUCACACAUAAUAUCCUGGAUAUACACAUGGAGUGGGGAAUUAGAUUGUUAUCAUGUAACUGGGUGAAAGUAGAUUUUGUGAUAAACCAAAGAACAUGUUUGUGCCUCCUUUAUAGUUUUCUUUUGGGAAAUUCAUGGUUCAUAAUUGCAGUGAUACAUGUGCAUGUGGAUGGAACUGAAAUACCAGAGAACAUGCUGAAUCUGAUGAGAAAUAAAGCCAGCAACCAUGUUGGAUGGACAAGGAUUGAGUUGAGGUACUACAGGUUGAGUGCACUUGCCAGCUUCAAUGGUUAUCAAGGUUUAAAUUGGUAAUAAGAUUAUCUUCUAUGACUUUCUCAUUGUGCAUCAAUAUGGGCUAGUUUGUAGUUUGGACAAAACCAUCUCCUAAGGCUCUGCCCUUGAUGAAUCUCAAGUCUUUGUCAUAGUCAACAUACUUUUGUUUUUCUCUUGCAAUUGUUGUUGUUUUGUUGUAUAGACAAUUGCUUUGGUAUACAAAAGAGAUGAUACAGCCAAACAUGGAGGGCAGUGUUGGAUGGAAGUGUUUGGACAAACAGAAGCAAUACUAACAGGAUUUUAUUGUGACAUUGCAUGAAACUAUGAUCUGUGUUCUCAA